AAUCGGGUCGUCGUGGUAAUACGCCAUCUGGGUACGACUAUAGUAUACUAUCCGUGUAUACUGUGGUACUGUGGUACUGCUCGGUGAUGAUGUACCGUGAAAAUGGAAACCGCCAGGCAAAACCAUAAUCGCGCUUUCCGUUCCAGCUGGAACCCAGUCCGAGCCAGGAGCCAGGAGCCAGGAGCCAGGAAUCAGAUACCCUGCCCCUCUCCUCGUUGCUCCUUCUGUUUCCUUUCUGGGGAUCACUUAAAUACUUCUUCAUUUCCCCCCUCGUGUCCCUCUAGUCUCAUAUUCCUCACCAUCAAUCACCUGCCACUAUCAUCCCCCAUCCCCCACUCUGCACGUUCAGCCACCCGCUCUUAGCACGUCACAAGACCUUUUCCCCAGAUCCUCUUGAUCGGAUCUGCCUCUAGUCAUCUUAUCUGUGCUUCUUCCUACUUCACCCCCCCCCCCCACAUCUUCACCCCCCUCUUCAUACUUCCAGCCUUACCAUCAUCAUCAUCCUCAUCAUCAUCAUCCACCAUGGGCAUGAAGGCGAUUCACUUUGGCGGUGGCAACAUCGGCCGUGGCUUCGUUGCCGAGUUCCUGCACGCCGCGGGCUACGAGGUCGUCUUCGUUGAUGUCAUGGACAGCAUCAUCAACGAGCUACAAAAUACAAAGUCCUACCAAGUCACCGAGGUCAGCGAAGGUGGUGAGACCACCAAGACCAUCACCAAUUACCGCGCCAUCAACUCCAAGACGCAUGAGCAAGACGUCGUUGAGGAGAUCUCCACGGCCGAUAUCGUCACCUGUGCCGUGGGACCCAACAUCCUCAAGUUCAUUGCUCCCGUCAUUGCCAAGGGCAUUGAUAUCCGCUCGACCCCCAAGCCACUGGCCGUGAUUGCCUGUGAGAAUGCCAUCGGUGCUACCGACACUCUCCGUGGCCACAUCGAGUCCCACACGGAUUCGGAGCGUCUCAAGACCAUGGGCGAGCGUGCUCAGUAUGCCAACUCGGCCAUCGACCGCAUUGUCCCGGCUCAGCCCCCCAACAGCGGCUUGAACGUGCGCAUCGAGAAGUUCUACGAGUGGGUGGUCGAGAAGGGACCCUUCGGCCACGUGGGCCACCCAGACAUCCCCGCCAUCCACUGGGUCGAGCACUUGGAGCCCUACAUUGAGCGCAAGCUCUUCACCGUGAACACCAGCCACGCCACUGCCGCCUACUAUGGCCGCUACGCCGGCAAGAAGACCAUCGCCGAAGCCAUGCACGACUCCUACAUCCGCGGCGUGGUCCGCGAUGUGCUCAAGGAGACUUCCUCCCUCAUCGUUGACAAGCACGAGAUCGAGGCCCAGGAGCAACAGGACUACGUCGAGACCAUCAUCGCCCGGAUCUCCAACCCUUACCUGGAAGACAGCGUCGAGCGUGUUGGCCGUGCACCCAUGCGCAAGCUGGGCCGCAAGGAGCGUUUCAUCGGACCCGCUGCUCAACUCGCCGAGCGCGGCUUGAAGUACGAUUCUCUUUUGGGUUCCGUCGAGAUGGCGUUGCGCUUCCAGAACGUCAAGGACGACCAGGAAAGUGUCGAACUCGCCCAGAUCCUGAAGGAGAAUGCGCCCGCCGAUGCCACCGUCCAACUGACCGGAUUGGAACGUACGCACCCACUCUUCUCGGCCGUUGUCAAGGUCGUGGACCAGGUGCAGUCCGAAGCCAAGGAAACUGGUCAGCCCCGCAUUUAGAUGUGCUUGCACCAUUUUAGCACGGACUUAUUUUUUUUACCUUUUUGAAAGCAUGAUACUCGGCGAAUACACGGCUGUACUAUGGGAUUAUGGGAACGGGAAUGAGCCUUUUUUUUUUUUGUUAUUGUUCGGUUUCGAUAUGAAUUAUGACCACCGCCCCUGCUGUGCAGUAUGGAUUAGGAAUGAACGUGUUUCAAUAUUUCUUACAGUGGAUGAUCUUGAUUAGACUGU